CAGGGGCAGACUGACCAUUUGGAAACUCGGGCACUGCUCGAGGGCCACGGGUCAGUAGGGGGCCCCAUGAGAUGCCUCUGGUACCUUUUUCAUAUAGGUUUUUUGAGUUUGGGCAAGGACAUAGGGGCCCCAUUAUCCCCUAUUGCCCGGGGGCCCCAUGAGUUGUCAGUCCACCCCUGGGGCGAACUGACCAUUUGGAAACUUGGGCACUGUCCGAGGGCCCGGGGUUUAGUAGGGGGCCCCAUGAGAUGCCCCUGGUACCUUUUUCAUAGGCUUUUUUGAGUUUGGGCAAGGACACAGGGGCCCCAUGAUCCCCUAUUGCCCGGGGGCCCCAU